AUGGUGCCGACUUCUUGGAGUACACACACCCUUUAUUGGUUCUUUAAGGCGUUCUCAAGCGUACUUGGAGAAAAUCCUAAAAAUAUUAGGAUCGAACUAAUUAAUCGAUAUACAAAUAUAGGAUAUUAUUAUGAUAACAAUAUAACAAUAGAUAGUUCUACAUUUCUGGAUGCUUAUCCAAUUCUGAUAAGUAGUCAAAGCCAAAACAAACAAUUAUUGGAAAUUAAAUCGACGUUUCAAUUGAAAAUGGAUAAAAUAUUCGACUUUCCACUAGACAACACCUCUAAUAUGAGGGUUUCUCCAAUUAUGUUCGAUAACACCUUUAGCCGAGUGAUAAAGGUUAUGCAAAUUUUACAUUCUGGUAUUGACCUUAGUAAUGUACAACCAUGGUAUAUACAAGAAUACUAUUCAAUCGAAGAUCAGAGCUUUACACCUAAUCUUGGAUUCUGUGAGGGUAACACAAUGCAAUAUUGUGCUGAGAUAAGAAUGUUUUGCAUGGGGGUGCGUAUGGUCCAUUAA